CAAAGUAAAUUGAAAGCCUCCUGGAAAGAACUCAUCAUUCUAGUGCCAUUAAAAACAUUCAUGAUUUAUGAAAAGAGGCUCAAAUAGUAACAUUAACAGGAAUUUGGAAGAAGGUGAUUCUGACUCUCUGGGAUGGCUUUGAGGGGUUCAAGACUUUAGUGGAGGAAGUACCUGCAGAUGUGGUGGAAAUAGCAAGAGAACUAGAAUUAGCAGUGGAGCCUGAAGGUAUGGGUGAAUUGUUUCAAUCUCAUGAGAAUACUUAAUGGAUGAGGAGUUGCUUGUUAUAGGUGAGCAAACAAAGUGGUUUCCUAAGAAGUAAUCUAUUCCUGUUGAAGGUGCUGUGAAGAUUUUUGAAAUAACAGAAGAUUUAGAAUACUGCAUAAACUUAGUUGAUAAAGCAGCAGCCGGGUUUGAGAGACUUGACUCCAAUUUUUGAAAGAAGUUCUACUGUGGGUAAAAUGCCAUCAAACAGUAUUGUAUACUGCAGAGAAAUCAUUCAUGAAAAAAGGAGUCAAUCAACGUGACAAACUUUACCGUUGUCUUAUUUUAAGAAAUUGCCACAGUCACCCAACCAUCAGCAACCACCACCCUGAUCCCUUGGUAGCCAUCAGUAUUGAGGGAAGACCCUCCACCAGCAAAAAGAUGAAAACUAGCUAAAAACUCAGAGGAUGGUUAGCAUCUUUUAGCAAUAAAGUAUUUUUUUAAUUAAAGCAUAGAUAUUUUCAAGACAUAAUGCUAUUUCACACUAAACAGAUUACAGUAUAGUGUAAACAUAGUUUUUACAUGCACUGGGAAACAAAAAACUUCAUCAGACUCACUUUAUUGUGAUAUUUGCUUUAUGGUGGGGGUCUGGAACUGAACCUACAAUAUCUCCAAAGUAUGCCUCUAGGCAAAAAUGGAGAGCCUCAAUACUUUUUAAGAAUGUGUAGGGAUCCUAAGAUCAAAAAUUUUGAGAACCUCUAAGACUUAAUAUAUCAUCUACCAUCACAGUGUCUUCAUUUCUCAUAAAUCCAUUUUACUGGUUAAAAAUUAUUUCAUCUAUUUCAUGAAAAUUACUUUAUUGAAUGCUUUCUCUGUAUCCUUAUUUUCUAGCACAAUAAUGAUUAAAAUGUCUGUGUUUUUUUAUGUGCCUGUUUGUGUCUAAAUGGGUCUUCUGAGCAGCACAAGGUGGACUUCAUUUUUUAGUUCAGCCAACAAUCAGCAAUAGUCGAUGCAUUUAUGUUCUAUCACCUGCAGUUUAUCUUACUCAUUGUUAUUUUUGCCUUCUGUAAAUGUAUGCUUUCUGUAGUGCACCUUAAAGUCUUUUUUUUAAUCAGAUAAUAAACUUCCCUUGUCUGUCCAUUUUUCUACCACUUCAGCAGGAUCAUAUUUUAAAGCAACUUUUCAUUGUUUUCUAUAAUUUUGCUAUUAGUAGGAUAGUACUAAGAAAAUAAAACUUGAAAUUUCCUUCCCUCUGGAGAUGAAAAUGGGGUCUAGUCCGUAACAUGUCUUGGCAGCAUAAAACCCUUUACAAUAUUAUGCAUAUAUAGCUUGCAGUUCUGUCAGGAUGUAAUGUAAUUUCCAACUUGAAUUUUCUUUAUAUUGUUUUUCUAUUUUGUCCUCCAUAAACCUUGAGCUCUAGCUAGCCCUCAACUGUUGUCAAAUCUCCAUUGUUUUCUGGAAGUGAAAUUCACAGCUGUGAGCCUUUGUUGACAAAUUAUUUCAUCUCCUCUGGGUCUUAAAUUAUUUUCCCUACUCUGAAGUGAAAAUUCAAUGAGUGUUUCCAUAUACUGGACUUAGGGUCAUAACUCAAUUUCUUUUAAUCUUGUGUGAACCCCCAACCCCCGCCCUCAACCCACAUUCCUCCUCCCAAAACACAGGUACCCAUUCUUAUCCUAACAUUUCAGUGGUUUUCUCGACUCUUGAUAAUUUGCAGAAUUCUGUAUUUGCUCUGUGAUGGGGGAAUUUUUAUGUUUGGUUAGUUGGUUUGAAGUUAAAAAACUUAACAAGAAUAUAUCUUAAAUUCUUUUCCUGAGGACUGUUCCUUACUGAAUUCUUGUAACAAACAUUCUGAAGUGGUUAUUUCUAUAUUUCUGUGAUACAUUCUAAAUUAUUAGGCAUUUCCCCCUCUGACCCGUUGAUUGUUACUAGAUCAAUCUUUAGCUGGAUGUGGGCUUUGGGGGCUAAUUUUGCUUCAACGGUGCUAGUUGUUUUUGCUUCUGGACCAGAUCUCCUCUUCCUUACAUCUUCAUGUGUCUUGUUCCUCUAUAGCAUUUACGAGACCCAGUUUAAUAGCUUGGUGCCUUUUUUUUUUUUUUUUUGGCACUCAUUAUUUCUUCUUUAUUUGCUGUUAAAGUAAUAAGUGUACGUUCCGUUGCACUUGCCUGAGAGUCUUGAACCGGUCUUGGGUUUCCCGCCAUCUGGGCUCUGGCUGGCUUGCAUUCUCCUUUGAUGUUGUAAUACUUGUUCAUUGAACUUGAGUGUGGGGCUUAUAGGGCUUGUUUGCUUUUUUUUCCCCCCAAGAUGUGCACAUUUUUUUCUUAAGCUUAUUUUUCUGUUUUGUGCUGUUAUUUUUAAUUGCUUCCGACUGGGAGGUGGGGCCAAGAGUGAGAUUUGGCUUGAAUUUGGCUUGAAUUUGCUAUUACUCACAUUUCCCCAGAAGCCCCGCACACACUUUCUCUCUGCCUUUGACAUACCACUUUUGAAAGGCCGUUGAUUCUUGGCAUAAAUGGUGUUAAGAAGAAGAUGGGCUCUGGGUAGGGAUGUUCAGGAAUCCAGUCCUGUACAGUCAUGAGCUUGGCCAUCUGGAAGUCUCUUCUUGCUCAAUGAAAUGGAGUAAACAUUGUCCAUUAUGAAAUCCACCACACAGGCUGCCAGGGACGAAUGGGAUCCCACCCAAAGCCAAUCGCUGCUCUGACAGGGAAAUUGGCUAGCACCGCCUGAGACUACUCCAGCCUCCCCCGUCCCUGAUGUCACAAUUCAGAGGCUGCUGCCUGCCUAGGAGGCUGUAGAAAGCUCUGUAGGUUCUCUCUGUGUGUCCUACAGGGCUCCUCGGGCCAGGUCUCUGUCUGAUGGCUUUUAUGAAAAAAUAUCUCCCCCCCAUUCUGGGGUUCUUCUUGGCCUACUACUACUAUUCCACGAAUGAGGAAUUCAGACCAGAGAUGCUCCAAGGAAAGAAAGUGAUUGUCACAGGGGCCAGCAAGGGCAUUGGAGAACAGAUGGCCUAUCAUCUGGCAAAGAUGGGAGCCCAUGUGGUGGUGACAGCAAGGUCUAAAGAAACUCUAAAGAAGGUGGUAUCCCACUGCCUGGAGCUUGGAGCAGCCUCAGCACACUACAUUGCUGGCUCCAUGGAGAAUAUGACCUUCGCAGAGCAAUUUGUUGCCCAAGCUGGAAAGCUCAUGGGGGGACUAGACAUGCUCAUUCUCAACCACAUCACCACCAGUCCUAUGAAUCUAUUUAGUGGUGAUAUCCACUUCGUGCGCAGAAGCAUGGAAGUCAACUUCCUCAGCUACGUGGUCCUGAGUGUUGCCGCCUUGCCCAUGCUGAAGCAGAGUGACGGAAGCAUUGUUGUCGUCUCCUCGAUGGCUGGGAAAAUGGCUAAUCCACUUAUUGCGCCCUAUUCUGCAAGCAAGUUUGCCCUGGAUGGGUUUUUCUCCUCUAUCAGGAUGGAACAUUCAGUGACCAAGGUCAAUGUGUCGAUCACUCUCUGUAUCCUCGGCCUCAUAAACACAGACACAGCCAUGAAGGCCGUUUCGGGGAUACUCAACAUAGAAGCAUCUCCAAAGGAAGAAUGUGCCCUGGAGAUCAUCAAAGGGGGAGCUCUGCGUCAAGAGGAAGUGUACUAUGACAACUCGAUCUGGACAAAUCUCCUGCUGGGAAAUCCAGGGAGGAAGCUCUUGGAAUUCUUGUCCUUAAGACGUUAUAGUAUGGACAAAUUUAUAAACAACUAAACACUUCCUUAAGGUGGGGCAUGGUAAGGGAGCUUUGUGACUGUUCUUCCUGAUAUUUAUCUGAGCUGCGUCCAUGAAGGCAUCUCUGAGGAGAGACAAAUAGGUUUCCCCAGAGAGUUGGAAGUCACACAUCACGGCUCACAAUCUGAAGGCGUUCCUCUAACACUUGCACGGUGGAAACGUAAUUAUAAUGAAGGUCAUGAAUCACUGCAAUCCACAGUUGUGAAAUUGAUCGUAACCGUAGGUAUAACUAAAAGGUAGUUCUAUCAAAUUUACCUCGUAUAUAAUAUUAUGAUUAAUACAAUAUUAAUUAUAAUAAAGGUCAUAUCAGUGUUGUAAAUUCAUGAUUAGUAGCUCUAAAUUCAGUUCAUUCACUAUGGUCCUUUAAAACCAUAACCUCUGCAAGUGAAAAUUUUCAGUGUUCAUUUCGUCUUUUGUGGUCUAGACCUUUUCUCCUUUCUUGAGUGGAAGAAAUCACCCUACUCUUCAUUUAAUGGACAUCAUGCCCAUACAAUAUCAUAUAUUUCAGAUAGUCUUUACACUAUUCUAUAUUGCUCCUCUGGGAAGGACAGCUGGGUGUAUAUAAAUCACUAGGGCAAACCCACGGAAGUGGAAGUCCCUGGGAACUUGAGCCACAGAACCUUCACAUGUUUAUUGCCCACAGACUGCAUAUCUGCAUUAUGUGUGAUCUCUCCACUGUGUGUUUGAAGUCUGAAGAGCAGGGAAUGGAGUUCCAUCCUGCCACUUACUCAUUUCGUCAUUUAUUCAUUCAACAAACAUUUAUCAAACACUUGCCAGGCAUCACCUGACUACGACCAAACAGGUAACAGAAAUCAGCUACAUUAACAUCUCAGCAAAGCCCUGUAUUGGUUAGGUCCCCAACAGGUAAGAGAAUGCAAAGUAGAUAAUUUUAGUAGGCUUUAAUAAAAAGGGGCUUGUUUACAAAAGUGUGGACAAGGUUAUACGGCAGUCACAAGGGAUAAGGUAGUAUCUUGGGGCUAGUCCCACCUUAGGGACAAAAAGAACAGUUAUGAGAAUCCAGAGGUAGAAACUGUUUGGACAGCAUCGCAGAACAGGAGCUGUGAUAUUCAGUUACGGGAUGCCACCAGGCCAGCUAGGACCACGCGGGAGGGAUCUGGGGGAAUUAACAACCCAGCCUUACUCUCUUCCCUCCCUCCAAUUUCUUGCUAAUAUUAUCUAUUAGCUAUACAAAGGGGCAAGGGAGAAGAUUGAUAUAAACUACACAGGUCAGCUUCCUCAUGGACAGCAGGGUAGGAAAGAAUGGAGAGUGUUCUGGAGGGACAGAUGGGAUAUAUCCAGCAUGAACGCCACAUCCCCCAAUGCAGGGCUUCCAUGGUAAGAGAUACUAGAACACAAGACAUGGGCCUGGAUGCAUAAGGGAAAUUUCCUUUCCGCAUUGCUUAAGCUAAAUGACCAGGCAGCAGAACAGACUGGAAUCCACUGAGCUUCCCAACCGCUUGGACAAGGAGCCAGAUCUGAGGGUGAAUAUGGUGGGCUUUUCUUAGAAAGACAUUCUUUCCAGACUGUGCUCAGCGCAAGGAAGCAGGAAAGAUCUGGCUGCACCUGUGUGCAAGAAAAUAGACCCAAAAUGUGAAGUCAGAUUUCUGACCAUACAGCACAACACGCAUGCACACUAGUGCCGAGUCAGAGAAGGUCAUGAAGUGUCUAGACACGGGUGAUAAACUGUUGUGCCAGUCCCAGAACCCGGGGCUUCUGCAUGCGUCACGAAUGGUGCAAGAAGCCAGGUUUGUUGCGGGAUGAGGCCAGGAGGCUGAUCAGGAGCAAAGGAGAUAAAUGCUGAGACAGGAGCAUGAUCAGAUGACAAAUUUACAGCUAGAGUCAGCUUCAGAUUAGUUUUGCCUUCAGCCUGAACUUUUCAGGGUUCUCUUUAGGCUUAAAGACACAUUAAGACUUCAGCCUAUGUUUAGUAUAAAUCAGCUACUCCCUGAUUCUGUUCAUUUAUGGGGAAAGCAAGAAAAAGUAUGCAACAGUAUUUAUGUAACUAAUAAACGAAACCUUUGGUCUU